GAGACUAGUCAACCCUCGACCAACAUGCGGCACCAUAUUCCCAAGGAGCAGAAGAUACUAACGUAUGAAUUGUCUUGCAUCCAUGGCCUCUCAGACAGACAUGUUAGCCAUUACCUAGGAAUCAGUCAACGGACCAUCAGGCGCAUCCGGAAGACCUUCCGGGACACUGGUGAAGUGGGACACCAACUAGCUUGUCAAGGACGGCCUUGUGCCCUUGAUGGCUUGGAAUUCCUUGAAGGCUGCAUUGAAAGACAGCCUGAUAUGAUCCUCUCAGAGUUUCUAGAUUCCAUUUUUUUCUUUGGCGAGCACUCCACCGAAUAGUCUACACCAAUUUUUUCAAAGACUUGGCUAUCACACUUAUCACACCAGCCACACUCGGUACUGAGCCAAAUAUUCUAGUCUCCCUAAAUUUCAGAUUUACUACAUUUUAAGCUCAUUUGUAGUUUUGCUCUGUACACUAACUCAUUGGACAGGUCUAUCGUUAUGAAAUCAGCUGUAGCUGUAAG